CGCUCGCGAUUCCAAUCUUCGACGACCCUGGUUAAUCACAUCAUGUCUUCCGGUCAACAGCAUAACAACGUGAAGGUUCUCAGCGAUGAGUCCGACUUUGAAGCGCUCGUCUCCAAAGACGGCUAUAUCUCAAUUUGUGGCUUCGGUUCGCUUCUUUCUGAGAAAAGUGCGAGGAGCACAUUUCCGAACCUUGUAAACUUCAGAAUCGCCAGGCUGAGCGGCUUCCGCCGGGUCUUCACGGCGGUCGGAGGCUUUUUCUUCGUGCACGGCAUUGCCAACAUGGAAACUGAGGAGAUUGCUAGCCUCUCUGUAGAGCCUUGUGAAAAUGAAAUCAUUAUGAUCACAGUCUUUGAGAUUGAGAAAUCAGAGAUUCCAGCUUUUAUUCGAAGGGAGCGCGUAUAUCGCUUUUUAGCUGUCGUCCCUGAAACGCUGGACGGGAAGCCAUUUCCCAAUGAAGCGGUCCUUUGUUCUUCUUCCAGCGAUGAGGAAUUUUUCAAAUUUAGAUGCAAAGAGGGCAAGGAAGUUUAUUUUCAACAAUAUGGACAAUACAAGAUCCAUAAGAUUUGGCGGGAUGAUGUUCUACCCUGCCGUGUUUAUCUUCGACACUGUUUGCUGGCAGCAAAAAACCUUAGUGAUGAAGCUUACAAUAAUUUUCUGGAUCAUACCUUCCUUGGAGACCGUAAGACGAGCAUACGUCAGUACUUAGAAAAGGUGGGAACAAGCAUUAUGGAUGAAGAACCACCCGAAUCUUUAAAAGCCCGUUAUGGCGGUUGAUGAAAGCAAGAAACCGUGUACUUCCAGUGAAGGCUCUCAGCUUAUCCGUUUCUGGAAAAUGAUUAUUUUCGUCAAUUUCAUGUUUGUGGGGUCACAAAUUCUGUUAGACUAGAGAAGAGGGGGUGUUGUACCAAUGUGACAGAUUUCUUAGGAUGAAGUAUGGACAAUAAUUCAGUAAUAGUUGGCAAAUAAAAAGGGUGGCUGUAACGAAAAUGGAAAACAAGUCAAUAUAUCAGAUAAUUUACAUGUAUGUGUUUUCAGAA